AUGCUCCUCGACCUCUUCAAGGCCCGCGAUGACUUCCGCUGUCAGACCAUGGCGACGAGCCCCGUCGACGUGCUGCUCUGCGCGCGGCCGGGCGUCGCCCCCGCGAUCCCCUUCCUCCUGCUCACAGCGCGAGAUACGAUCGAAGAGAUCGAAGCUACGGUUGCGACGGCCACGGCCACCUUUCCGCUGGUGUAUGCGAUCCAGCUCUUCCCCGCGACGAUGCCUCCGCGGCUCCACCGGCAGGUCCAGACGCUCCUCAUGGCGCCACGGCCCCCCGCAAAGCUUUGCAUCUUCCCUGCAUCCUCGAUCGACUCGGCGUUCCGAGCGAUCCUCAACAUUCGGGAAAAGCAUCAAUAUGCGGCUGCAGCACGCGCGCGAACCUUCUUUGACAAAUUGAGCGACCAGCAGCUCUCCAAGGAGCACGAGCGGGGCAUCCUCGCGGCCAAUUUGCAUUUCCUCUCGGACGACGACUGCGACAUGCUCCUCGACAUCUUUGGAUCGAUUGCCAACGUGAUGCAAGCGUCGGCCAAGGACCUCCUCCGCCGCACGGUGCUCGACAAGGUCAGCGCCGAGCUCGUCGCCGACUUUUUCCAGCCCGAUCGAUAA